GCCUUGAUAGAGGAGGAGCUGGACAACGAAGACUAUUACUCGCUGCUGAACGUGCGUCGGGAGGCUCAGAGCAGAUUGAACCAGUGCAGAGACAGGAAUUUCUUUCCCCUCUACCUGAUAACCAUGCAUGCCAUCAAGAUGCAGUCACUAUUGAUGUGCAUAAUUGAUCACGUUAUUAACCUGCGCAAAAAGCCUUAUUACGGCCUCUUCUGAAGAGCUAAAAGCUGCCUACCGGCGGCUGUGCAUGCUUUACCAUCCAGACAAGCACCGAGACCCAGAGCUCAAAUCACAAGCCGAGCAACUGUUUAACCUUGUCCACCAGGCUUAUGAAGUUCUCAGUGAUCCCCAAACCAGGGCCAUCUAUGAUAUAUACGGGAAAAGAGGACUGGAAAUGGAAGGAUGGGAGAUUGUGGAGAGGAGGCGAACACCUGCUGAAAUCAGGGAAGAGUUUGAGAGGCUGCAGAGAGAACGAGAGGAAAGGAGGCUUCAACAGCGCACCAACCCCAAGGGAACCAUCAGCAUUGGAAUAGAUGCCACUGACCUCUUUGACCGCUAUGAUGAGGAUUAUGAAGAUGGCCCUGGGCGCGGCUUUCCUCGGAUUGAAAUUAACAAAAUGCACAUUUCCCAGUCCAUCGAGGCACCCUUGACAACAACUGACACAGCCAUCCUCUCUGGAAGCCUCUCAACCCAGAAUGGGAAUGGAGGAGGUUCCAUUAACUUUGCCCUCCGGCGAGUGACCUCUGCAAAAGGAUGGGGAGAGUUUGAAUUUGGAGCCGGAGACCUUCAGGGCCCCUUAUUUGGCCUAAAGCUGUUUCGUAACCUUACACCAAGAUGCUUUAUUACGACCAAUUGUGCUCUGCAGUUUUCAUCCCGGGGAAUCCGGCCCGGCCUGACCACUGUGUUGGCAAGGAACCUCGAUAAGAACACCAUGGGCUAUCUGCAGUGGCGAUGGGGCAUCCAGUCGGCCAUGAAUACGAGCAUUGUCCGGGACACGAAGACCAGCCACUUCACCGUGGCCUUUCAGCUUGGAAUCCCCCACUCCUUUGCAUCGAUCAGCUAUCAAUAUAAAUUCCAAGAUGAUGAUCAGACACGUGUGAAGGGUUCUCUCAAGGCAGGUUUCUUUGGGACGGUGGUAGAGUAUGGAGCAGAGAGGAAGAUUUCUAGGCACAGUAUUUUAGGAGCUACUGUCAGCGUUGGAGUCCCACAGGGUGUCUCUCUCAAAAUCAAGCUGAACAGGGCCAGCCAGACUUAUUUCUUCCCUAUUCACUUGACGGAUCAGCUCCUUCCCAGUGCUAUAUUCUAUGCCACCGUGGGACCUCUGGUUGUUUACUUUGCCAUGCACCAACUAGUCAUCAAACCAUACCUCAGGGCUCAGAAAGAGAAAGAACUGGAGAAGCAGAGAGAGAAUACAGCCACUGACAUCCUGCAGAAGAAACAGGAGGCAGAAUCUGCUGUUCGGUUGAUGCAGGAAUCUGUACGAAGAAUAAUCGAGGCAGAGGAGUCCAGAAUGGGACUGAUCAUCCUGAACGCCUGGUAUGGCAAGUUUGUCAAUGACAAGAGCAGGAAGAACGAGAAAGUGAAGGUGAUCGAUGUCACUGUCCCCCUGCAGUGCUUGGUGAAGGACUCCAAGCUAAUCCUCACGGAAGCCUCCAAGGCUGGGCUUCCUGGGUUUUAUGACCCAUGUGUGGGUGAAGAGAAGAGCCUAAAGGUGCUUUACCAGUUUCGAGGAGUGCUGCACCAAGUGAUGGCAUCAGACAAAGAAGCCCUUCGGAUACCAAAGCAGUCUCACAGGAUCGAUACUGAUGGAUAAACCUUAUGAGAAAACAAGGGGUCAAGAAGAUGCUGCAAAACUGCUUUUCCUGGGAGUCUGAAAGUUUGGAAGCACAUGAAACAGAAACCUACAGAUGUUUUCAUUUUGUAUUAUUCCUAUAGAAGGUCAUUUACCAAUUAUGUGAAGGGACACAUAACCACCCCAGCUUUCAUGGGUACUGUAGUACUAAGGUAAUCCUGCCCUUGACUACAACCACAAAGCUGACAGAUGCCCAUUUCCUGGAGGAGCCUGUGGGCACAGAGCAUGGCCCUGCUGGGAAGAGGGCCCCUCGGGGCACAGAGCCCUGGGUCACAUCCUCCGGCAUCGGAGCGACAGUGGCCCACCAACCCCAAGUUUCAGGGCUCUUUCAUGAGGUGUAUGUGGGACAUUGUGCCCUCUCCCUUACUUCUGGAGGCUUCCUGCAAACCAAAAGGAAAACACGGGCCAUGGUGUGGUCCUGAUGAUGAAGUGAGUAAGCAUCCACACCAGCUUCCUCCCGACAAUCUUCAUGUCUUGUGAUUACCGAAAAGGGGAUUUGGAGAAGGUUCUGAAUUUACUGAAUGAAUGCUUGUUACCUGAGAACAGCGAACAUGUCUGGAAGACAUCUUUGCCUUUCCCACUGCAUUUGUCUUUAUAUUACCACUAAAACUGUGAACCCUAGGCCCAGGAUUUGGCUUUCUCCCAGUGUAACUAGGAUUACCUGCCUCCCCCACACAUUGCAUGGAAAACCAUGGAUCCUUCCCAUGUUUUCAGCCAAUCUGGCUGAGAACUGGGACCACUGCCCACUUACUGGACAAGGAGAAGGCCACAGGGAGACAAGGGAGAAACAUUAGCCUGAUUGGGAGAAAACUGGCCAAUGCUGUAGAGAGGUGCUAAUUGAGUGAGUCUGUAAAACCCCUCGAAAAGACUUCCUGUAGGAGUGGGCAGGCAGGGCUCCCUCUAGCAGGUGGCCCCAGGGAUAGCCAGGGGGCACAUCCUCCCCACUUACAGGAAGAGUGGGGUGGUUCUGCUCUAGAAGGUCCUCUUUUUUGACCUGCCCGUUGUAGUGGAGGCAGAAGGUGUUAGGAACCAGGAUACACUUGAAUAGUCUUCCAAGUUACCUGUAGUAAUCAGUCCAACAAGCAAACAGGCCCGUGCUCUUGGUUGUGGAAUGGCCUUGUUCCUGUGCACCUCCGAGGGUUAUGUAGCUCUAUUCUAAGUGCAAUCACAUGAGCAGGAGUUUGAUUUGCAGGGGCCCAGCCUUCUGCCCCCCCCACAGCUACUAGAAUCAAGCUCUCCAUGCCUGGGCUUUGGUAUCGGCGUAAUCAGUCAUGCUCCCUCCCCCAAAUUUUUAAGAAACAAACAGUUCAGGUUGUCUAAUUCUGUGACAUUCAUGCCCAUUUUUACAAUGUUUCCUAUACCUGAAGCUAAUACAAAUUGUGCAAUAAACUUUGCCAAAGGACUCUGACUUCACGCGGCCCGUUGUCCCCUUUGCUGCAGAUGGUUCUUGUGGGUACCAAUUUUCUUCAUUUUGUUGAAGCUGGUUGUACAGAAGGCACUGUAUUGUCAAUAAUAAACCCUUUCUGAAAGCUG